UAUCUUGCAUCGUAAUAGUGCAGCCGUGUAAUGUCUUCAAUGUGUACGUACAUAUAAAGAAACGCUGCUCUCAAUUACCCGGAUAACGGUGUUCAUAGUGGCGGGGUAACGCGGGAUAACCCACAUUGGUCCUGUUUGCUGAAAGGGAGAGGACUAAAAAUGGAGCUGGAAGACGGAGUUGUGUACCAGGACGACCCGGGGACAUCAGCGAUGAUGUCUGAGCGGGUGUCGGGCCUGGCCAACUCCAUCUACCGCGAGUUCGAGAGGCUCAUCGGUAAAUACGACGAGGAUGUGGUGAAGGAGCUAAUGCCGCUGGUCGUAGCCGUGCUGGAGAACCUGGACUCGGUGUUCGCAGAGAACCAGGAGCACGAAGUGGAGCUGGAGCUGCUGAAGGAGGACAACGAGCAGCUCAUCACCCAGUACGAGCGGGAGAAAGCGCUGAGGAAACAUGCAGAGGAGAAGUUCAUUGAGUUUGAGGACACUCAUGAACAGGAGAAGAAGGACCUGCAGAACCAUGUGGACCGAAUGGAGUCUCACUCCCGGCAACUGGAGCUCAAGAUCAAGAACUACGCAGACCAGAUCGGCAGGUUAGAAGAACGAGAGCUGGAGCUCAAGAAGGAAUACAACUCCCUCCAUCAGAGACACACAGAGAUGAUCCAUAAUUAUAUGGAGCAUGUAGAGAGGAUCAAAAUGCAGCAGAUUAGUGAGACUUCAGAGUCGAGCACGGGCGGCCGAGUCAGGAGAGAGCGGCCUCUUUCUUUGGGGAUUUUCCCCUCAUCUGGUGGGGCGUCUCUGCUAAUCCCAGACCCCCAGGCCAAAGCAGAGACACCGGGCACAGAGGGCUGGAGGUUCACCGACCCAGCACAGCCACGGUCCAACACUAGCCUCAAGUUGGACUUUGCUGACCCCCCAAAGGAAAGGGAGGGUAAGAGUGCGCAGGACUCUACUUGGGGGAAUUCACUGGCAGACGACUGCAAGGAUGAGUUGUCAGACUUCAACGGCUCCAAGUCGGCCACGCCGAUGUCCACCACUGCCUCCGACAUGGAGAGGGAAGACGGGAACAGUAAGAGCACUGAGGUGCAGGCUGCACCAGGGACCAGAUCCAUAUCAGUGGGUUUGCCAGAGAAUGAGGACAGCUCAGAUGUGCAGGACAUUAUUGAGUCCACUCCUGAGCUGGACAUGGAUCUGGGUGGAUACAAGAUCUGCAGUACCCCAACCAAAGGUAUUGAGAACAUGGCAUUUGACCGCAAUACGGACUCUCUGUUUGAGGAGCUGUCGUCUGCAGGCACUGGCCUCAUAGGGGAUGUGGAUGAAGGGGCCGACCUGCUGGUGGAGUACUCUGGUAUGGGCCGGGAAGUUGAAAAUCUCAUUCAGGAGAAUUCACAACUGCUUGAGACAAAGAAUGCCCUGAACGUAGUGAAUAAAGACUUGAUAUUGAAAGUGGAUGAGUUGACCUGUGAGAAGGAGAUGUUGCAAGGAGAGAUGGAGGCCGUGCUGCAGGCCAAGACCAAGCUGGAGGACAAGACCAGAGAGCUGGAGGAGGAGCUCAAGAAAGUGCGACUGGAGGUGGAGGACAUGAAACAGAAAACUAAAGAUGAAGAAGAUAGUGAUGUGCCUACGGCCCAGAGGAAGCGUUUCACCAGAGUGGAAAUGGCCAGGGUGCUGAUGGAGAGAAACCAGUACAAAGAGAGACUGAUGGAGCUUCAGGAAGCUGUGCGGUGGACGGAGAUGAUCAGGGCCUCAAGGGAAAAUCCAACACUGACAGAAAAAAAGAAAUCCAGCAUCUGGCAGUUCUUCAGCAGACUGUUUAGCUCCUCCUCCAGUUCCCCGGCUAUAAAGAAGGUGGACUCCCAGUCCAACGUGAAAUACAACGCCCCGGGCGGCAUGGUAAAGAGGAGUAGCACCUUCUCCCAGUUCCCCACGGAGAAGUCCAAGACCUUCGACUUCCUCAAUGAAGAAAAGGACCAGUGCAGUUCGCCAUCGCGUAAAGAGCAGAAAAGGGCCCAGUACAGACAGGUGAAGGCCCACAUGCAGAAGGAGGAUGGACGAGUCACUGCGCACGGCUGGAGCCUGCCCAGCAAAUACAAGGUGGCAAAUGGUGGACAGGUGGAGAACAAAAUGAACUUACCUGUACCAGUAUACUUGAGACCUCUGGAUCAGAAAGAUGCUUCUAUGAAGCUGUGGUGUGCUGCAGGGGUCAACCUGUGUGGGGGGAGGAUAUCAGAGCUUACUAAGCAGACGAAAGGCUCUCAGAGUAGCCUGGACGAGCUGGAGCAAGAGAGUAAGGAUCAGGACAAAGUGGAGCAGGAGAAGGAGAAAGAGCUGAUACUUCAGGAUGAGGUGUCCAGUAGGGUGUGGGUGUGCACCAGCACCCACUCCUCUACCAAGGUUAUGGUGCUGGAUGCCAGUCAGCCCUCUGACCUACUUGACAGCUUCUACGCCUGCAACACCCACGUCGUCUGCAUUGCCAGUGUGCCAGGGGUGUUGGAGACUGAUUAUCCGGCAGGUGAGGAGGUACCCCAGGACCCGGAGGCUAGCCAAGGUGACGGGGUGUCACUGGCCGGCAGCGUAGCCAGUGUGGGCUCUACAGGCAGCGAUGGUGCCAUGGCCGCUGAGGGAACCACUGCCAUCCCCCAGACGGCCAGCGCAGGUGUCACAGACCAGCCUGCUGAGCAUAUCGUCACCUCUGGCUCAGUCGAGCUGUCCAGAGAGACCAGUCCAGCAGAGGACGGGGUUCCUACGGCGGAAGAGGCAACGGAAGCAACGGAGGCUAACGCUGGUGUAGGCGAAGACGGAGAGGAGGACCAGGGAGGGGAUCAAAACCAGCCAGGAAUCUACACAGAACAUGUGUUCACCGACCCACUGGGGGUGGGACCCACUGACUCUUCUCCUACUAACACACAGAGGGGCUCCGGGCAAGAUGGAGUGGCCUCCUUGCCAGAAGACUCAGACCCGUCAGAGGGGGAAGUCCUGAGGAUGAGCAGCGCCCUCCCCACCAUGUGGCUGGGAGCUCAGAAUGGCUGUCUGUAUGUCCACUCAUCCGUGGCGCGAUGGAGGAAGUGUCUCCACGCCAUCAAGCUGAAAGACGCCAUCCUCAGCAUAGUACAUGUCAAAGGGAGAGUCCUCGUGGCGUUGGCCGAUGGGACAUUAGCAAUUUUCCACCGAAGCAUUGACGGUCAAUGGGACCUAACCAAUUACCACCUGCUGGAUCUGGGCCGGCCCCACCACUCUAUCCGCUGUAUGACUGUUGUCCAUGACAAGGUGUGGUGUGGUUACAGGAACAAGAUCUACGUCAUCCAGCCCAAGGCCAUGAGGAUAGAGAAGUCAUUUGACGCUCAUCCGCGCAAGGAGAGCCAGGUGCGGCAGCUGGCCUGGGUUGGAGACGGUAUCUGGGUUUCCAUCCGACUGGAUUCAACCCUACGCUUGUUUCAUGCCCACACCUACCAGCACCUCCAGGAUGUGGACAUCGAGCCCUACGUCAGCAAGAUGCUCGGUACGGGUAAACUGGGCUUCUCGUUCGUGAGAAUCACAGCUCUCGUGGUGUCCUGCAGCCGUCUCUGGGUGGGGACAGGAAACGGCGUCAUCAUCUCCAUCCCGCUGUCUGAAGCCAACAAGACAACAGGAAUCGUGCCAAAUCGGCCCGGCAGUGCUAUACGGGUUUACGGUGAUGACGGUUCAGACUGUGCCAUGCCAGGCAGCUUCGUGCCAUACUGCUCCAUGGCCCACGCCCAGCUGUGUUUCCAUGGACAUCGAGAUGCAGUCAAGUUUUUUGUUACCGUGCCAGGACAGGCAAUGCCUCCUCCAGGUAGUGCAGACUCAGGCUCUGAUGACCCUCCAUCUGAAUCCUCUGACACAGCAACUUCUGAGCCCAAAACAUACCUGGUCAUGAGUGGAGGCGAAGGCUACAUUGACUUCAGAAUGGGCGAUGAGGGCGGUGAGUUGGACGGUUUAUCAGAGCCAACAGCUAGCCAGCAGUCAGCACCCACCAAGGCCGAGCGGAGCCACCUCAUCGUCUGGCAGGUCACAACUUCUCAUGAUUGAAAAAAAAAAAAAAAAUUAAAAAAAUCACAGACUGUUGUGUCAAUGCCAGGGCCACCCUCCAACCCCCGCAUGCCCUCCUCUAAGUUUUUAAUUUGAUAUUACUGAUUGUUCUUAAUGCCUGAGUAGUUGAAUACUUUGUAAAAACAAAAAACAAUUAUUUUUAGUCCAUGUUUUGUACAGUUUAUUCUUUAUGAAUUUAAAAUAGGUAAGGUGAGGUUUAUGUUAACUUAAAGAAAACGUCCACAGUCCAAGUGUUCCCCUCUGCUGGGUUGCAUGUUGGAAAAGCAGGUGCACACAGGAAAAAGGCCAAGUCAGCUUAUCUAGAGCUGUGGGCAAAGUUUGAUCAGGUAAUGUACACACAUUGUUUGUCUCCCAAAGGUUAAAAAUGGUUUAGAUGUGACAAGACAAAAGGGAAAAGCACUUGAAGGAUUUCAUUAAAAAAGGGAGCAGGAAGUUUUGAUUUGAAGUAAAGAAUAUUUUCUAUUACUCAAGUAAGACUUUUACAUUUGUAAACCACAUGUCUGUGUAUGUGCGAGCAUCCGGUGUGUGAAUGCAUUCACUGAUUUUUUUUUUUUUUCCUGUGUUUAGCAUUUUUAUUAUCUUUACCGUUAGGGCUGGGUGUCAAAAUAAGGUACCCGCAAGUCAAAAUGCAAACAGAAUAUCAAAAGGAUCAAUUGUGUUUUCUGAGGCUGAUUACUCUACUGUACCAUCUGAUUAUUAGAAAAGCAGCUUGCACGUACAAGUGGUCCACAAAAAAAACAAAAAAACAUUUACUCAUAAUUAAAUGUGCUUUUAUUGAGCAAAAGUUGUAGGAUAAAACAUUAUCGGAGAGGUUGUAUUAAUAUGGAAUGACACCGAAACCUAUUUGCCACAGGAUUAUGUUUUGUGAUCUGAAUAAUGUCUAAGCAGUCUGGGUACUUUAGGGUUACCUGUGAGUAGAAGACCCAGCUUACUGUACUGUAGGUUAGCAUUAGCCUGCAUGGGGAAAUCCUGUAUCCUCAUCAAAGUGUGUGUGUGUGUGUGUGUGUGUGUGUGUGUGUGUGUGUGUGCGAUUGCUCGGCCGUUUCAAAGCUAAACCCUCGUCCGUCGUGUGAGGAGACUCUGCCUGUGCCACCAGCUUGGUGCUUCCUAUCUGCUUCAGCUCAUUGGCACUUUAAAAUGUUAGAUGUUAGUCGCUUGAGGUUUGGAAAAACACCCAUGGUAAUGUACACCACACUCCCGUGUGUGCUAAUUGUGUGAAGGGAACAAAAUAUACACAUAUUUGUAGCGAGGUGGCACCCCAAUAACCAAAGGAUGAAAGAAGAAGCACCGUGAAACUGACUAUUUCAUUUUUUUCCCCCCAACUUUAAAAGUCGUAUGAGUCUAAUAAUUUGAAGGUUAUACAUUUAUAUCUUAUUGGGAAUAAACUUGAAUAAGGGAAUCUGACUAAAAAUAACAUUUUUGUGUGGCACCUUCUAAUGAACAUGCACACAGCACUAAAGAGAGUCUCUCAUGACUGCCUCAUCAUUCCUUGUGUUGUUGUUACAGAUACAUUUGGAGGCCUGGAAGGCAAAUAUUGUCAUUAUUUUUUGUUGCUUUGGGCAUUGUGCGUGUUUUGUAUUCAUCCAUGAGACACUUUUAUUAAGUAAUGAGUAUUUUCUUGACUGUAACAUGAUGAAGGAUACCAAUAGGUGUUUUAAUUUGUUUUUAUAUCUGAAAAGUUGGGCCAAGAUUGGUCUUCAGUCCAUUUCAAAAUAACUUUAUAUUGUGUUUUUGCCAUUCCAGUAUUUAUUUCCUUUGUUAUCGAGCCUAUCUUGGUUCAGAAUGUAACUUUCUACAUGAGCAAAAUAUAAUAGGAGGCUAUUGUAAACAAAAUAGUCAAAUGAGUUUACAUGAUUGUUAAUAAUGGUUAAAUAAAAGAAAUCAAUGUCAUCAUGUUGGAAAUUUCUGACCAACCCUAAGAUCAAAGUGUGCAAACAGUAACUCGGUGGUUUUCAAACAACACAUUCAUGUACUAAGCUAUGCAUGUUUUUUUUAAGAGAACACUGCUAUGUUAUCAGCUAAAUCUCUGUUUAUUGCCACCGUUUUGGGUGGGAUGGAUGUCUAUAGUGUGUGUGUGUGUGUGUGUGUGUGUGUGUGUGCGUGUGUGUGUGUGUACAGUACAUGUGUGUGCACAUAUAGAGUUUCAACCCAAGACACAGUGUGUCAUAGUGUGUUUGAUUUUGCAAAUGUGCGGUGUAUGUGUGCUCACUGUAUGUCCAUCUGUAAAACCCAGAGACUGGUCACAUUUACCCGUUGUACUGCCAUGAUGGUGGUUCCUCUGGUCAGUGUUUGCUAAAACAGCAUCAUAGCCUUAUUUUUAACAAUCUAUUAAAUCAGUUUC